AUGCCAAAAAAAAGAUUUAAUAAUGCAAAUUACAAUAGUAUCGACGAUGAUAGCGAUAGCCCAUUAAAGUCUUCAGACUUUCUACCAUCUAAAACACGCAAUUUAACUCUAAUGUCGACAUUGUCUUCGGAAAUCAGAUUAGAAAAAAAUUUAAUAUUUAUAGGGGAUAUUCAUGGUUCAUUAGACGAGUUGAAAUCAUUAAUUAAAGUCUUGAAUUAUAAUCCUAAUUCGGAUCAUUUGAUAUUUGUUGGUGAUUUAAUAAUUAAAGGACCAAAGUCAAUUGAGGUGUUGAGGUAUCUCCAACCUAUGGGUGUUAGUGUUGUUAGAGGAAAUCAUGAAGAUAAAGUGUUAAGAUGGAAACAAUUUUUAGAUGAUUUGAAGAUUGAGGAAGAAGACGAGGAGGAAGUUGUAGAUAAAAGAUUAAAAGAAUAUUUUCAAGAAAAAAAUUUACCAAUUGACGAAGAAAUUGUAUUUAAAUCAGAACACAAAUUAGUAGCAACGAAACUUGAUAGGAAAUUACAUGAUUAUAUAUUAUCUUUUCCAAUUAUUUAUGAUAUUCCUAAUCUUGAUGUUUACGUUGUACAUGGAGGCUUGUUACCAGAAAAAUCUUUAUGGGAUCAAGAUCCAUUCGAUAUAAUGAACAUGGAAGGAGUUCCGUGGUCAGGAAUUUGGAACAAGGAUGUGUCAAGGGUAGAAUGCUGA